ACCCUUGGAAAAACGUUUCGAACCCUUGACCAAACCCUGCAAAUCCAAUCUCUCGUGUACGCACAAAGAAUCUCAAUUGCCCCGCCAAAACCACCGUUCAACCACCAUCACAUGCCCAGGGCCGGUCCUGAGGUUUUCCAGUUCCAGAAUCCCAGAUUUCCUCUUCGCGGCUUGGCUAGUUGCCUUCGCUCAGUUAGCUGGAGCCUAGAGUCCCACUGGCCACUGUCUCAGACUCCUAGUAAGUUCAAACACCGAGUGGCCUCCUACCUCCAAUGCCCACAGGCCACAGCGUGAUUUUUCAAACACUCCUUGUACCUGGGCUUCAUCUGAGAUCUGACAUAUUGCUUCUGACUUCUGUCGAGUGGCUGGGCAUUUUUGUUGUCGAACGAGUGAGUUCGAGUUCCCUUCCCUAGCUCGUGAGUUGUGACAGUGGAAUUCUCAAAGGUGUAACUCCACAGUUUUCGUAUAACUUCUACUUCUCAGUCUUCGCCUCAGGCCCCGACAACCACAGAACUGGUCUUGUACAUGCCCAACUUCGCUGCCGCAUGGAUUCCAUGGUCCACUCAGCUCUGGAAGAAAUAUGCUCUCAAGGCGCCAAUGGGCUUCCCAUUCAGAACUUAUGGCCCAAACUUGGCUCGUCCCUCUCUUCCCACGGUCUAUCCCUCUGCCCCGAUGUGAAGCGGGCCCUAUGGGUCAACCUCCUGGACAUUCCGGGCCUUCAGUUCGGAAGCGGAGUUAAAGUUUCUUGUAAUUCCAAGGAGGAUUUGAUGAAGUACUCAGUUGAAGAAUGGGAACAGAUGAAUUUAAAAGUUGUAGCACCAGAAAGUCUGAGGAAUAAUUUUAUUGGAAUUUAUGAUGUUGCGGCCUCGGAUUCCGGUAUUUCCCAGCCCCAGCGUCGAGCUCUGGAACGCCUGGCAAUUGCACGAACAAAUGGGAUUACACAAAGUGAGCUUGCUAAGGAACUUGGCAUAAAAGGGAACAAAAUAUUCUAUGUACUGAAGAAACUCGAAACUCAGGGAUUGAUUGUGAGACAGUCAACUGUUGUUAGGACAAAAGAAUCAAGCAAUGAAGGCGAUCCAAAAAGUGGUUCCACUGUGACCACCAAUAUGCUUCACUUAUACCGUUAUGCGAAGCAUUUGGGUAGUCAACAGAGGCUUGAAAUCAUUAAAGAGGAUAAACCCUUCGUGGAUGGUGAGGUUGCAGAUGGGAAUGCUGCAACUGGCGAUGGCUUCAGCGAAGGCACUGCGAAAGAGGUUGUGCAUGUGAAGGAUUUUCUACCGGCACUAAAAGCUAUAUGCGAUAAACUCGAAGAGGCAGAGGGCAAGGUUCUGGUUGUCUCAGAUAUUAAGAGGGAUCUUGGAUAUCGAGGGACUCAGGGCCACAGAGCUUGGAGAAAUAUCUUUCACAGGUUAAAAGAUGCUCAUGUCGUAGAGGAGUGUUGUGUUAUGGCGAACAAGAAGGAAGUUAAUUGUUUGCGUCUGCUCAAAAAGUUCUCACCAUCAUAUUUUGAGCCAAAAUCUCAUGGACGUGGGCAUGAUAGUAUAGAUAUGGAGCAGCCAAUAAAUUUGGGAAAGAGAGGUCAAGCUACAGAACAGCUUGUAGAACUUCCCAUUCUGCGCCAAGUAUAUGAUAUUAUUGAUGCUGAGGGAUCAAAAGGGUUGACAAUUACAGAAGUGUGUAAAAGGCUUGGAAUACGCAAUAAGCCGUACUAUAAUCGACUUCUUAAUAUGUUCUCUAGAUUUGGAAUGCAUUUACAAGCAGAAAGCCAUAAUAGAUGUGUGGGCUACCGAGUUUGGUCAUCUGGUAACUUCAAUCCUGAAGCAACUAAUAUGGUUCCCAGUUUACCGGAAGUAGCACUGCUGGAAGGCACAGAAUCCAAUCAACAUGUUUUGGAUCUCAAUUCCCAUGAAAAUUUAGCUCAAUCUAUUCAGGUGGUAGGUGCUUCAACUUCAAAUGAUGAUGUUAGAGAUAUUGAUGAAAAUGAAUGGACUACAGUGGAACCAGAAUCUUCUAACUGUAUGAAAGUGGAUGCUGAAGGCCGGAAUACGCUGCUUUGUCCAAUUAAUUCACAGAAUUCUGUAACUGAACCCACCAAUGUAGUUCCUCAGGAGGAAUUACAGAUAGUGAGUAAAGAAAUUGUAAACACUGCUCCAAUUGAAAUGUGUCCUCCUGCUGUUUCAACGCCUUCUAAGCGACGAUCUCAACCGAGGUAUCCUUGUCUUACCAUGGGUGCUGUCAGCUCACAGAGAGAGCAGCGUAUUCUCAAAAUGCUGCAGGAGGAGAAGUUCCUUAUAAAACCUGAGUUACACCGACGCCUCGAGAGUCUCGAGAAGAAUAAGAAUACAAUGAUGGACAGGAAGACCCUAGAACGUACUCUGAACAAACUUCAGCGAGAAGGACAUUGUAAAUGUAUCCAUGUUAGCGUCCCUGCUUUGACAAAUUGUGGUCGCAGCAAGACAACAGAAGUGGUUCUCCACCCGUCUGUUUAUAAUGUAUCACCUGAAUUAGUAGGACAAAUUCAUGAUAGGAUGAGGUCUUUUGAAUCGCAAGUGCGCACUCAAUCUUACUCUCGACAGAAAAAGGGACAACCAAUUCCUGUGUUGGACAGCGUACAAAGAAUUCCAAAUAGUAUAAAAUUGGAUGUCCAAGCAGAUCGAGCAGAAGUGAUGCGUUCUAAUGGAUUUGUACUAGCAAAAAUGGUUCGAACAAAGCUUCUUCACAUUUUUCUAUGGGGUUGUGUCAGCAGUUCCCCUGGUUGGGAUGAUGCAUUAUUGUCUAGCAAUCAUGCUUAUGACUUAAAAAAUCCACACAGCACUUGUAAGUUGUUCGAAUUAGACAAGGCCAUUAAGUUCAUGCCACUAGAGUUGUUCCUACAAGUUGUAGGCUCUACUGAAAAGUUUGAGGAUAUGAUUGAGAAAUGUAGGAGUGGUCUUCGACUUUCAGAUCUUCCCGUGCAGGAGUCCAAGCAUCUAAUGGAUACUCGAGCAACUGGACGAUUGUCAUGGCUAAUUGACAUAUUACGUCGUUUGAAGUUGAUUCGCCUUUUGAGUAAAGGAAAUGGAGAAGAUUCAUCCAACAGCUCACAUACUACUCUUACUUAUGCAUUGGAACUUAAACCUUACAUCGAAGAACCUGUCUCAGCUGUUGCAUUAUCAUCCGAUUUCCUUUUUCCUGAUCUUCGCCCUCAAGUUAGACAUGAUUUUGUUCUUUCCAGCAGAAAAGCCGUUGAUGAAUACUGGAGUACAUUAGAGUAUUGUUAUGCUACCGCUAAAUCACGAGCUGCUUUGCACGCAUUUCCUGGAUCUUCAGUUCAUGAGGUAUUUCAUUCCCGAUCAUGGACGUCAGUUCGUGUAAUGACAGCUGAGCAACGAGCUGAGCUUCUCAAGUGCGUGACAAGAGAUGAACCCAAUAAAAAACUUUCAUACAGGGAGUGUCGGAAGAUCGCGAAGGAUCUCAAUUUGACCUUGGAGCAGGUGCUUCAUGUCUAUUAUGAUAAGAGACAACAGCGUCUUACUAGAUUGCCGGGAGUUUCAAAUGCCGAAGUAGAGGAUAAUCAUUCAAUUAAAAGCAAAGACAUUUCAACUUCUCGGAAAAGAAAAAAAUAUUCAGAAAGAAAAUCCUCAGAGUUUGUAAAAGCUAAUAUCGCAGAUGGGCAGCCCAGUUCUGAGAGGACCACCGCUCCAUUAGAUUCGGAUGACCUAUUUACUGAGGCCCAAAACUCUAUUUUAACUUCUGAAGAAGAUUAUGAAUACCAUUUGCAGAGAUAUCUCACUGGUGAUAAUAUAGAGAGCAGAGAAGAGCCAGAAUUCAAUGAAGUAGAUGAGGAAGCCCGCUCUUUUAUUCACAAGUGUGCUUUGUCAAGGUUGAAACCUGGAAGUCGAAGAAAGUUCUCGUGGAACGAAGAGGCAGAUAGGCAAUUGGUGAUUGAAUAUGCAAGAUACCGAGCUGCUCUUGGGGCAAAGUUUCACCGUGUAGAUUGGGCAUCAAUUUCAGCUCUUCCAGCUUCUCCUGAUUCCUGCAGACGAAGAAUGGCAAUAUUGAACAGUUAUAUCCCUUUCAGAAAAGCUGUAAUGAAGCUAUGCAAUAUUCUUGCAGAACGGUAUGCAAGAUACCUUGAGCAAGUCCAGGGAAAAAUGUUGAAUCAUGCUGAUACUGAAAUGAGGGACCAGGAUUACGCAGUUGAAGAAGAAAAUGUGUGCUCCUCAUCAUCUAAAUUUGGAACAUGUUGGGAUAAUUUUGAUGACAAUAUUAUCAAGCGAGCAUUAGAUGAUGUUCUACUAAACAAACGAUUGGCUAAAUUGGAGGCCUCCAAGCAUAUGUGUUCAGAUAAAGAAGACGGGGAAGGAAAAUAUCCCCGUGGCACUGGAAUCACUUCUUCAGCCCCUCAUAGUCAGGAAUUUGAGAAUUGUGAAGAGAAGAGUAGAGCUUGUCCUCAAAGAUCGAGCUCUCGACUGCUUCCUAAAAAGUAUGUGAAACUUUUAAAUGAAGGUGCAAGUGUUAGCAGAAGAGCACAUGAAUCUGUUGCUGUUGCAAAUGCUGCUGAGCUAUUUAAGCUAAUCUUUCUAAGCACAUCGUCAGCUCCUGAAGUUCCUACUCUGCUAGCUGAAACAUUAAGACGUUAUUCUGAGCAUGAUCUUUUUGCCGCUUUUAACUACCUAAGAGAAAAGAAAAUUAUGAUUGGUGGUAGCUAUAAUAGCCCAUUUGUUCUUUCACAGCACUUUCUGCAAAGUAUUUCUUUGUCUCCAUUUCCCAUGAACACUGGAAAGAGAGCUGCUAACUUUGCUUGCUGGCUCCAGGAAAGAGAAACUGAUCUAAUGGAAAAAGGGUUUGAUCUUCCUGAGGAUUUGCAGUGUGGUGAAAUUUUUCAUUUGUGCGCUUUAGUUUUUUCAGGAGAACUAUCAAUUACCCCUUGCUUACCCGAGGAAGGAGUAGGAGAGGCUGAAGAUACCAGAACUUCUAAACGUAAACACGAUAGUAGUGAUAUUUUUGGCGACGACACACCUAAGAAAUCAAGAACAUUGACUGGUGAGGGAGAGAUUAUCUCUCGCCGAGAAAAAGGUUUCCCUGGUAUUAAGUUGCAGUUGCAUUGUGCAACAAUCUCAAGAAUACAUGUUAUUGAAAGGUAUAAAGAUGAGGACUUUAAUUUUGUCACACUUGGCAAAAGCACUCCAACUGAUACUCUCAGUUUGGAGGUUGACCGUAACACAUCACAUUCUGAUGUAGCCGAUCAUGCUAGAGAAAUCCUAGAUUCUGGGACAACAAUCCUUCCUGCAUAUGAUGUGAGUAAAUCACCAUGGGAAGCGAUGACAAGCUAUUCAGAAUAUCUGAUAUCUUUGCGUUCUUGUCAAGAAAAAAGAUUUUCUCUUCAUCCCGAGGUAUUUAAAACUCUUUAUUCAGCCAUUCAAAAGUCUGGUGACCAAGGUUUGAGCAUGAAGGAAAUUUCGAAGGUCUUGAACAUGCAGGGUAAUAUGUUAGAAAUUAUGGUUGAGGUGCUUGAAACAUUUAGGCGAGCUAUAAAGGUGAAUGCUUAUGACGACAUUCGCGUGGUUGAUUCUCUAUAUCGGUCCAAGUACUUUUUGACCCCUGUAGCUGCUGUUCACCAUGAUCAUGUACGGACUCCUCUUAGAGAUCAGAAAAGGAAAAUGGAUGAGGAGCUUAUGUCUAUUGAUUGCAAUAACCAUAUAGAUGAUGUUGCCUGUAGAGACGAGAUUAACAUGAUUGCCAAUAAAGAGCAUAGAGUCACAAUUUUGAAUCUACCUGAAGAUGUUGCUGAUCGUUCUACUGAAAUUCAAAGCAAGGAUAAGAUUACAGGUUAUGAGCAUUCUGAAGUUAUCCCUCCCAAAAUGGAUGGAGGAAUUGAAAUGUGCAGCCUCCAUUCUGUUGAUUCUCAUAUAUAUAGGCCAAUACUGCCGUGGAUGAAUGGAGAUGGUACUGUAAAUGAACUUGUUUACAAGGGUCUUGUACGCCGUGUUCUUGGUAUUGUGAUGCAAAAUCCAGGGAUAUUAGAGGAUGAUAUCAUAAACAAGAUGCGGGCUCUGAAUCCUCAGAGCUGCCGAAAAUUGUUAGAGAUAAUGAUUAUGGACAAUCACAUAGCCACCCGCAAGAUACCUCAGAUGACGUCAUCUCAACCUCCUGCCAUUCUGAGCGACGUUCUCGGGUGUCGCUUUAAAAGCCCAAAGUUAAUCUGCAGAGAGCAUUUUUAUGCAAAUCCCAUGAGCACAAGUCUGUUGUAAGAAAGAUGUAUGUAUUUAGUCUUUUGGAUUAUGACCUGGGGAUAUCUUCGAUAGGCUUUUCAACUUCAAGAAAUGCGCUAAAUUGUACAAAUUCUUAAUUUUCAAGUUUCUGGCAGAAGUUUGGUUUGGGACUAAAUCCAUAAAUGGAGAAAUCCCUAGGUUCCAAUGGGUAUGUAUCAUGUAUGUAGUCUUAUUGUAAUGUGAUCUGCAUCUCCUUUUGGGGAAGCUUUGUAAUGUUAAGAAAAUUAUGGUGACAUUGGCAUUGA